AUGAAACCGUACCAGCGGACAAACAAAGUGUUUAUGAUCGAGUUACGGUCGGCUUCCACGCUAGGACGUAUGCGUUUGUUGCUCCGAGAGUUCGGUAGCGACAUCGGGGCACUAUGGCGGCACGGAGCACCUUUCCCUACGUUUCUUAAGCUAAUUGGAACGCUGGUUUUAUGUCUCAUUGUUGUUCUGCCCCUGAUCUAUCCUGUUUUUAUUGUUGUAAUAACUUAUUUUACAUUUGAAGGACUGUACCUUAGUUGGCGAUUAGAUCAACCACGGCACUUCAUUCCUUCAUCGGUAAUGAGACGGGCACUCUCUGUCGCCUUUAAACCUAUACCGGGAACCGAGGUGUGGAAAGUACGUGAGGUUCUAACACGUGGAAUCCUCCUUGCUCACUCAUUAGCUACAUCUGUAGAUUAUCUUUGCGUCAUGCAAGGGCUACUCGAUGAAACGUAG